CGUAAAGUCAUGUACGUGUGGGGUUGUCGAUCGUCCCCCAGAUUUAUGUAAACAGAUGUAAACAAAAAUUACAUCCACUGACUUCCGAGAAGUUGUGAAUUGAUGAGAAGAGGUGCCUGAGCCGAGCAGGAAGGACUGAGUAAGAAAGUGCCUUUUUUAGCCAAGAUGAUGACUUGCAGAUCAGGCGGACUUAUGAGGAAUGCACAUCGAUGGGGCCUGUCACUAUGGCAAAAUAUUCAACUCAGACUCGUCCCAGAUGUAGGAUGCUGCAGACACAGGGCCUUCCAUGUCUCAAGCACUGUCCGCAAAGACCACAGCGAGUACACCCAUAUCAUAGUAGGUGCUGGGUCGGCAGGGUGUGUCCUUGCAAACAGGAUCAGUGCUGAGCCUUCAAACAAGGUCCUUCUCCUAGAGGCUGGCCCUAAGGACUACUCCUGGAAGAUCCACAUGCCUGCUGCUCUCAUGUACCCUCUCUCUAACGACACCUACAACUGGUACUAUACCACUGAACCAGUACCUCACAUGGGGAACCGUAAGAUGUACUGGCCACGAGGUCGGGUCUGGGGUGGCUCGUCAUCAAUUAAUGCCAUGUGUUAUGUCAGAGGCCAUGCACUUGAUUAUGAUCGCUGGGAGAAGGAGGGGGCAGAGUCCUGGUCCUAUGCCAACUGCCUUCCAUAUUUUCGUCGAGCACAGACUCAUGAGCUUGGAUCUGAUGACUACAGGGGAGGUGAUGGACCUCUGCAUGUUUCCCGCGGAAAGACAAAUAAUCCUCUCUUUCAAGCUUUUAUAGAUGCAGGAGUUCAAGCCGGAUACCCAGCCACUGAUGACAUGAAUGGGUAUCAGCAAGAAGGCUUUGGUUAUAUGGACCUUUCCAUUCACAAAGGCGUUCGUUGGAGCACUGCUAGCGCUUACCUCCGCCCUGCCGCUAAACGUGAAAAUUUAACCGUCACUUCCAAAACUUUCACAAAUCGUGUGCUCUUUGAGGGCACUAAAGCAGUAGGAGUGGAGUACCUUGAGAAAGGUGCGGUCAAAACGGCUAGAGCGUCCACCGAGGUCAUCUUGUCAGGUGGAGCCAUCAAUUCGCCACAGCUUCUGAUGCUCUCGGGUGUAGGAAACGCAGAUCACCUGAAGGAACAUGACAUUCCAGUGGUAGCUCAUCUUCCCGGAGUUGGUGAAAACCUGCAAGAUCAUCUUGAUCUUUAUGUGCAGUAUGAAUGCACUCAGCCGAUCACACUGUACAAGGCACAGUGGAAAUUCCCCCACAACAUGAUACGUAUCGGUCUAGAGUGGUUCCUGUUCCAAACUGGUCUUGGUGCCACACCCCACUUGGAGGCAGGCGCCUUCAUAAGAGGUCGCCCAGGUGUGGAACACCCUGACAUCCAGUUCCACUUCCUCCCAUCUGUUGUGAUCAACCACGGCCAAGAUAUGGGCAACUGCCAUGCAUUCCAAGUUCACGUCGGAUCGAUGAGAGAAACAAGUAAAGGCUACCUCAAACUACGGUCUAAGAAUCCAACGGAUCAUCCAAUCAUCCAACCCAACUAUUUGGACACUGAAAUAGAUCGUUGGGAGAUGAGGCAGUGUGUCCGUCUCGCUCGAGAGAUCAUUCAACAGAAAGCUUUGGACCCUUUCCGUGGACGUGAGCUCCAGCCGGGACCUAAAGUAGAAAACGACGACGAUCUGGAUGAGUUUGUCCGCCAGACAGGUGACUCAGCCUACCACCCAUCGUGCACCUGCAAAAUGGGAAGUUCUUCAGAUCCAAUGACGGUUGUUGAUAGCCAGACUAGGGUCUUAGGAGUCGAGAAUCUGCGUGUAGUGGACGCCUCUAUUAUGCCAAGUGUUGUCAGUGGAAAUCUCAAUGCACCCACAAUCAUGUUAGCUGAAAAGGCAGCCGAUAUUAUACUUGGUAAGAAACCAUUACCAAAAUCAGAUGCUCCGGUGUACCAUCCAGCCUCCUUGGAGACCCAACGCUAAUCUUCAAUUUCGUACUGUCGGUAAAUGUUCGGUACCAUGGCUCAAAUUUGGCAGGGAAGCCCACAAGACUGCGGGGCUCGAGCUCAAACUUUUAACUGGACUUUCUGACUCAGUUUUUUGCAUCGUUAACUAUUUUAAUUUGAUCAAACACCAAGACAUAAUGUCGUCGUCUUGCCUGUGUCACUCCACUGCAUGAGGAAAGCCUCUUUACCAAUUCUCCAUCUCAUUCUAUCCUGCGCUCUCUGUUGCCAAGCAAGGGUUAACAUAAUGCAACAUAAUGUACAUGCUGGUAAUAGAAAAAAUAGGACUGUCUCUAUGGGUAUUAAGAUACACAUUAUAUCAUCACUCAACAGGUUUUAUAAUCACACUCAAAACGAACAGUUUUUGUGAGAAACUGCUAUUCUUCUGAACAAAACUAACUGUCCUUGGGACUACCUUGAAAUGAGCGUAAACUUCAAACAACUGUAAUGGCUUCAGAUUUUAUAAAUCCUAUCAAGUAACAGUUUGAUUAUGGAAGACUGAUACUUCAUUGUUUUGAGGGCAAUGCAGAUUUUCCUUUGUAAAAAGAACCUUUGUGAAAAAUUUACUAAAACAUUUCAAGGGGCACCAUAGCUGUGGCCAGGUGCAUGGAGGAAUUGCCUCUGUUGUUUUUCACAAAGUAUGAGGCCAGCAGCCAAUUUCACAAAAUGCUGGGAUUAAUCCUAUAUCUCAAGAUAGGACGAGUAACUUGAUCUUACUAGGGAUGGGUUCAAUGCGCCCUAACAUGGAUCCAUGUAUGGAACUUUUAAACUCGUCCUAAGUCCUAAGAUUAAUCGUAAAGCCACAUGUACAACGUACAUGUAGGAAGAGUUUGUUGAAAUCUACACCAAAUGUGUGUCAGGCCUGUAGUUAAACAGAGGCCAUGGAUGACCCUGGGUGCCCCUUCAAAAAAUGUCAUUAGACUUUACGAUGCAUACUCUUUGAAAAGGAAAAUUGCCUUGCCCUCUUUAAAGAUGAAAUUCCAGUUACUAAACAAUAGAUGGAUUGCACAUAGAUGCACAUAGCAUCAUCGACCGCCAUAUUUUAUGAUAAUCAAUGGAAAAGUGCAUGCAUGUACUCGCUGCUCACAGCUCUUAGCCAAUGCUAGCCUUGAACGCAUGCAAGUUUCAUCAAAGAUGGUGGUCAAUGAUUACAUGUGCAAUCCAUCUAUUCAGGUGGACCUUUACAAGUAUUUCACACAAAGGUGUACAGAUAUUUUCAAGAAUUUUUUUUUUAUUAUAUUAUAUUUUCUGUGACAUAUUUUUAGUAACAUUGGGAUGUUUGUGAUGGUGUACAGUUUAUUAUGUUUCAAUUAACAAAACUGCUGCCACCAGUAUGCUACACUGUAGUAGUUUCAUUUAAACCCGCUCUACUCAUCGGCGUGAUAACAGUUUUGUUUGAAAUUGCUGCAACCAGCAUACUUACAGUUACAGUUUUGUUCAAACCUGCUGCCGGCAUCAGCAUGCUUUCUUGUUUAACACCAACAACAAACAUUGUUAAAGGAACACGUUGCCUUGGAUCGGUCGAGUUGGUCUUUGAAAAGUGU